GGGCCACGACCUAGACAUCUAGGACUGUUGUUGUUCUCUCGCGGUGGGACUGCCUCAGUCUGGUCGCCCAGAGAGACCAGGAGCUGGUCUAGUUCGGAGCGGGGCGGCCGCGUCCCCCCUCUCUCCUGCUUCCCCGAAGCUGCGGCAGGAGCUGGCACAAACAUCCUGCGGUUGGUCUCCGAUGCCCUUCAGUGAGGAGGGGGCGUUGGGAUCCUGGUGAGCGCACGUCAAGCCCCUCCAGCUACGUGUCUUCGCCGGCCCCCCAGGCCCGCACACCCAAGUCUGGCUGCCAUGGCUGAAAACGCAGAGGGGGACCUGAACUCCAACCUACUCCACGCCCCCUAUCACACCGGGGACCCUCAGCUAGACACGGCCAUCGGGCAGUGGCUCCGUUGGGAUAAGAAUCCCAAAACAAAAGAGCAAAUUGAAAAUCUGUUAAGGAAUGGGAUGAACAAGGAGCUGCGAGAUAGACUUUGUUGCCGAAUGACUUUUGGGACUGCAGGACUUCGUUCUGCUAUGGGGGCAGGAUUUUGCUAUAUUAAUGAUCUUACAGUAAUACAAUCAACACAGGGGAUGUACAAAUACCUUGAGAGAUGUUUCUCAGACUUCAAGCAAAGAGGUUUUGUCGUUGGGUAUGACACCCGGGGUCAAGUAACUAGCAGCUGCAGCAGCCAGAGGCUUGCUAAACUCACUGCUGCAGUCUUACUGGCCAAAGAUGUUCCUGUGUACCUUUUUUCAAGAUAUGUUCCUACGCCUUUUGUACCAUAUGCAGUCCAGGAGCUCAAAGCAGUUGCAGGUGUGAUGAUUACUGCAUCUCACAACCGCAAAGAAGACAAUGGAUACAAGGUUUAUUGGGAAAAUGGUGCUCAGAUCACAUCUCCUCAUGAUAAAGAAAUUCUGAAAUGUAUAGAAGAAUGUGUGGAACCCUGGAAUGGUUCCUGGAAUGAUAAUUUAGUGGAUACCAGCCCACUGAAGAGAGAUCCUCUGCAGGACAUUUGUAGGAGAUACAUGGAAGAUCUGAAAAAGAUCUGUUUUCACAGGGAAUUAAACUCAAAGACCACCUUGAAAUUUGUACAUACAUCUUUUCAUGGAGUCGGACAUGACUAUGUGCAGUUGGCUUUUCAAGUAUUUGGUUUUAAGCCUCCAAUUCCAGUACCAGAACAAAAAGAUCCUGAUCCAGACUUUUCUACUGUUAAAUGCCCAAAUCCUGAAGAAGGAGAAUCUGUGCUGGAACUUUCUUUGAGACUGGCAGAGAAAGAAAAUGCCCGGAUAGUGCUAGCCACAGAUCCUGAUGCAGACCGACUGGCAGUGGCAGAACUUCAGGAGAAUGGUGAUUGGAAAGUUUUCACAGGGAAUGAGUUGGCAGCUUUGUUUGGGUGGUGGAUGUUUGAUUGCUGGAAGAAAAAUAAAUCAAGAAAUGCUGAUGUGAAGAACAUUUAUAUGUUAGCCACCACAGUCUCUUCCAAAAUUUUGAAGGCAAUUGCACUAAAAGAAGGAUUUCACUUUGAAGAAACGUUACCAGGUUUUAAAUGGAUUGGAAGUAGGAUAAAAGACCUCCUGGAAAAUGGGAAAGAAGUCCUUUUUGCAUUUGAAGAGUCUAUUGGUUUUCUGUGUGGAACUUCAGUUUUGGAUAAGGAUGGGGUGAGUGCAGCCGUUGUUGUUGCCGAGAUGGCAUCUUACCUGGAAACCAUGAAUAUAACAUUGAAACAACAACUGAUUAACGUUUAUGAAAAAUAUGGUUAUCAUAUUUCAAAAACUUCGUAUUUCUUGUGUUAUGAUCCAACUACCAUCAAAAGUAUAUUUGAAAGACUUCGCAAUUUUGAUUCUCCAAAAGAAUACCCAAAGUUUUGUGGGACAUUUGCUAUAUUGCAUAUACGAGAUGUUACCACUGGAUAUGAUAGCAGCCAGCCUAAUAAGAAAUCAGUGCUGCCUGUGAGUAAAAACAGCCAAAUGAUUACAUUUACUUUUCAAAAUGGCUGUGUUGCUACUCUUCGGACAAGUGGGACAGAACCAAAGAUAAAGUAUUAUGCAGAGAUGUGUGCGUCACCUGACCAGAGUGACACUGCCUUACUAGAAGAGGAAUUGAAGAAACUCAUUGAAGCUUUGAUUGAGAAUUUUCUUGAGCCCAGUAAAAAUGGACUGACGUGGCGUUCUGUGUAGUGUUCACCAGUACAUCAUUGCUUUGCACUGGCCCAUGGAACAGAACAACCAAGAAUUCCGUGCAUUGAACUCGAGUUAGCAUUCUCUCUCUGUCUCAUCUGGCCGAGUAUCUUUUUCCUUUUAUUUUCUUUCUUUUUGGUUGGCUGACUAAACAAACUGUAUACAUUUGAAAUGAAAUGGUCUGGAGAGAAAUGAUUCAAAUUUUUUCAUAAUCUUGAACAAAAGUCAGUACAUUAAAAGUAUUAUGGUAACACGUCGUUCUUCCUUCAACAGAAACAAAACAAUACAAAUUUGAGUUUUCUUAUUAAAGUGUGAUUAAGCUUAGUUCCAUAUUCUUGUAAUUGUG